UAUUCCCUAAUAUUAGCAAAUUACUAAUUUGUUUUCCUAUUUUUUAAAGUAAUGGCUGUAGCUGAAAGUAGAACUUAUGACUUUGAGAAUACUGUAAUUGCUACUAAUCACAAUGACUCUCUUCACGAUGCACAGUUGGAUUAUUACGGUAAACGCUUAGCGACUUGCUCUUCUGAUAAUAGUAUAAAAGUUUUUGAUGAACUCGAUGGCAUUUAUCAAGAGACGGCUUGUUUACAAAAUCAUAGCGGUUCCGUAUGGCAAGUGAGCUGGGCUCAUCCUAAAUUUGGCUCCAUCCUCGCUUCCUGCUCUUUUGACAAGAGCGUUAUAAUUUGGAAGGAAAUUUCUUUUAAGAAUUGGAGUGUUUUGUACAUCCACACUGCCCAUGAUUUAAGCGUAAACUCGAUUAGUUGGGCUCCUCACGAAUUUGGUUUGUGCUUGGCUUGUGCUUCUGCUGAUGGCUUCCUUUCUAUAAUUUCUUAUGCCGAUAACACGUGGAAUUCUAGUCGCUGGUUGGCUCACAAAGGCGGGUGUAACGCCGUUGAUUGGAUGCCUUUUGGCGAUAAUGAGAUUUCCAGUGGAUCUUCUCAGCGAAUUGCGAGUGCUGGUUGCGAUAAUCUCAUCAAAAUAUGGAAAUUUGAUCAAUCUAAUAAAUGGUUGAGCGAAACUCCUGAAUUUACUUUGAGAGGCCAUGAGGAUUGGGUACGGGACAUCGCUUGGCGUCCCUACUUUGGGUUACACUCCUCGAGUUUAGCUAGUUGUGGGCAGGAUAAGAAAGUAUUAAUAUGGAACUUCGAUUCUACUUCUGGGCAAUGGAUCUCGAAAUAUUUAGACGCCAAUCCAUCAAUAUUCUGGCGAAUAUCCUGGUCGCUUACUGGCUGUAUUCUUUCGGUUACAGCCAAUGAUAAGAUUUCUUUAUGGAAAGAAAACAACGAAGGAAAAUGGGAAAAGAUUAACGAAAUUGUUCAAUAAAUAUCUUU